UUUCAUCUUGUUGAAUUCAAUCACGUCUCCAAUUUGUCAAGGUCCUUUUGAAUUCUAAUCCUGUCCUCCAAAGUGCUUGCAACAUCUCACAACUUGAUGAUAUCUGCAGAAUUUAUAAGCAUGCUUUCCACUUCAUUUUCCAAGUUGUUAAUGAAAACCUUGAAUAUUACUAGACCCAGGACUGACUCCUGAGGGAUCUCACGAAAUACGUCCUCCCAGUUUGACAGUGAAACAUUGAAAACCAUGCUGCAUGUGGUCUUUCAACCAGUUGUGCACCCACCUUACAGUAAUUACAUAUAGACUGCAUUUCCCUAGUUUGCUUAUCAAAAUGUCAUGUGAGAUUGUGUCAAAAACCUUGUUAAAAUCAAGAUACUUCUCCUCUACAGCUUCCCCCCAUACACUAGGCUGUAAACCUGUCAAAGAAGGAAACUAGGUUGGUUUGGCAUGUUUUCCUGACCAAGCCAUGCUGGCUAGUCCUUAUAACUGUUAUCCUCUAGGUACUUACAAAUUGAUUGUUUAAUAAUUUGUUCUAGCAUCUUUCCAGGUAUCGAGUUAGGCUGACUUGGGUCUUUUUUGUUCCCCUUCUUCAGUCUUCUGGGACCUUAACUAUCAUCCAUGAGUUCUCAAAGAUAAUUGUUAAAGGUUCAGAGAUUGCUUCAUCUAGUUUCUUAAGAACCAUAGGAUGAAUUUCAGUAGGCCCUGUCGAUUUGAAUACAUAUAACUUUUAUAUAAAUAUUCUUUAACCUGUAAUUUCCCUAUUUUGGCUUAUGUUCCUUCCCCCUUGUUGUUAAUAUUAAUUGUGUUGAGUAUCUGCUCACCCUUAACCUUUCCAGUGAAGACCAAAGCAAAAUAGGCAUUAAACACCUCAGCCUUCUUGAUGUCAUCAGUUAUUUGCUCUCCUUUCCCACUAAGUUGAGGACCUACACUUUCCUUCAUCUUUCUCUUGCUCCUAAUAUGUUUAAAGAAUCUCUUCUUAUUGGGUUUUAUGUCUCCUGGCACAUGUAACUCCUUUUGUGCCUUACCCUUUCUGAUUUUGUCCCUGCAUGCUUGUGCUAUUUUUUGUACUCCAUCGUGGCAAUUUGUCCAUGUUUCCACUUUUUGUAGGAUUCCUUUUUCAUUUUCAGGUCAUUAAAGAGCUGCUGAUGGAGCCUUAUUGGCCUUCCUAUGCCCCUUUCUCUCUCACUGCCCUGGGCCAUAGGCCCUUGUCUCAUCUCCUCCCUGCAGAUCAGCUAUUGACCAUUCACUGUGGCCCUGUUAAAACACAACAGUGCAUGCAGGACCAGUAUAGACAUGCAGCUUCUGUGCUACUUCACAGGGUAUGUCUGGAUUGCAGUCAUGGAGUGUGACUGCAGCUUGAACAGACAUACCUGAGCUAGGUAGUUUGGGUCCUGGAACAGUGAAGCAAAAGCAGUAUAAACUUCAGUGUGGACUAGCCCCACCACCCUCAAGUAACUAUCCAGGUUUCUGGGCAGGUUUGUACAGCUAGUGCUGCCAUGGUUUUGCUGCUCUGGGACCUGAGCUAGCUAGAUGAAACAUCCCAGUUAUUGCAAUGUACACAUACCCACCAUGUGGCCAUUCUCACUCAAGCUAGGCUAACUCCAGUGUAGAUAACUCCUAUUAAUUUUGCAGUGAAGCCAUAGCCUCAAGUGUUUCCAGCAAUUAUAAAUCCAAGUGUGCUAAGAACUGUGUGAAAGAGAAGCUGCAAGCAUUUUUUACAAGCAGCCAGUUACAAAGCACAUCAUCAUUAUAAUUAUUAUUUGGCACUUACACAGUAGAUCUCAAAGGGCUUUCCAAGCAGUUACCAACUUAUCCUUUGGUAAAUGAUAUGCAAAGGAUGAAAUAACUUGCCCAAGGUCUCACAGUGAGUCAGUUUCAUAUCCCUGUUGCCCACUCUUCCACUACUGCACUGGAAAUUGUUCCUGUUCUCCCACAGAACAUAUACAAGAACACUGCUGGUGAUGCUCUAGCCUGCCUUCUUAUUUCAGGCUGCAGCAGGUCCCUCAUUAUUUGUAUACAGAAAAAGGAUCAGCCAUGAAAUGUGUACGAAAAAGAAGCACUGCUGAGCAGUUGGAGACUUGUGGCAUCUGGCUAGACACUGCAAAGUUAAAGAAGCGCAAAAUACAGACUCUCGUAUCCAAGCCAACUUCAAACAUGCCAAAUCCACUUCUUGAGAGGAACUAUAAUAGUCACAUUUCAGUUAAUUUUACUCAGACAAGACUUUCUCAGCCAUACACCAGGCAAACUACCAUCUCUUCGUUCUUCAGCAUUCAACCAACAGGUGAAAAGGAUGAUGAAGAAAACUUAAAGACACAUCCUCUUAUGUCAAAUAAAGGAAAAGGCUCUGAUUUCUUGGCUGCCUCCUCUAUGAAGAGUUCUGGGGCUGCUAAGUUAGAGGAAGCCCAGGCACCAACCUUGAGCCCUCAGGAGGACAACAUUCAAGAAUGUAGCCAGCUGCUUGUUCAAAACACACAAGGCUUGAACAUUCCCCUGUUGAACUAUACCUUCCCACAAGCACAGUCUAACAGCAGGAGUGAGUGCACAGCCAUUGCAAGGACCUCUGCUGGUGAGACAGAAGACUUUCUCUCCAUAAACUUCACCCAGGAUUCAGAGGAAAAUAGGGUUCUAGCUCACAGGAAUUCAGAUGACUCAUUCACUGGAAGAAUAUCUGUAGCAAAUGGGAUAAUUUCAAGGAAGAGAGAGAGUUACUUUAUAGGAGAGAAAGAGGGCCAUUUGUGCUCUGAGAGGGGGAGAACUAGAGUGGGUCUCAAACCUACACACUUGAAGCAAGGUAGGAGGAGAUGCAAAAACCUGCCCCCUGGUGGAAUUUCUUUUAUGGAUGUGUCAGAGGUUGAGAAUGUGUGUCCUGCACCCAAGGGUAAUGAAGGCCAGCAGACCAAUUAUCCUCUAUCCCAGGGGCGAACAACUAAAGCAGAGCUUUUGAGAGACAGUAGUCAAAAUUUUGCUGCCUUUUGGACAAGAAACUGUCACAAUAUGGCUGGUUCAGAAGAAGAGCAGGGGCCCAGUGAGAGUAGUCCUACCACACAGUUGUUUACCCAGGAUUCAGAGGGACACAGAGUCAUUUCUCACCAGCACUUCUAUAAGAGUGUCAGAUCACCGUUGCAGAAAAAGUAUCUACAGGACAAAACCAACUUUGUCCAGAGGGUGCCUAGCCCACCCUCUGUGGACUGCUUUAAGGUUUAUUCUUCAGGGGCACGGGACAGGACUCCUUUAGCUACUACAGCCAUGAAUUUAUGUGAGCCUGAGUCAUGUUAUGAUUUGUUAUUCACAGAGGAUUCAGAAGGAAACAGAAUUAUCAAACACUGAUUCAGUAGUAAUUUUUUUCUGAGUAAACAGUGCUGAAAAAUUGACUUUUUUAAUGUACAUGAAAAUUCCUCUGAAGCCUACACAGUGCAUCACUUUCUUUAAGAAAGAUACAAGGACUAUGUAAGUGUACACAUUGCAUAUACGGCCUUUGGCUGUGAGUGGUAUAGACCCAAACACACAGGCUACUUACUCUGCAUGGAUUGUCUUUGACUAAAAAGAGAUGUGUGCAAAUAAAGUGAUCAUUUUAUCGUAAAA